ACCAUACGUAGCACCUAUAUUACCUCUGCUGGUGAUAGGAAUGCCUCACACAGGACUCAACUUCAUCAUCCACUUGAGCCUCUUCUUAGCUUUGCUGCAAGAUGUCCAGCUAAAAGGGAUAUCCUGUGCCAUACUUGAUAAUACAUCUUAUUCCGUUGGAGAACCUAUGGAUCAGUUUGGAGACAUAACUGAACCAGGAAAGAUACACUGCAAUGAAAGCAACUGUUGUAUGGCUUUGUGGAAUAUCAGCAAUGGGAGGAUUCAGCCGGCUUUGUUAGGCUGUUUCCCCUCUCAUGCCGUAUGCAGAUCCGACAUCUGUGUUCCUGUCUACAAACAAGGCACUUAUCACUGCUUAUGUUCUUCAGACAUGUGUAAUGCCAACAUCAACUUUUCUGCUGGACUGGAGAUAUGUGCGACCUGGAACGGCGUCUCCUGCGACUGGAUGAACGCAACAAGGAACUCUGUGGCUGUAUUUGUGGCUGCCGUUACAAUCUUUCUGAUAUUGACCAUUUUGGGGUUCAUCAAAGCGAGGAAAGAAAAAUACUGUCUUCGAGUCAAAGAUGAAGGCUUGCUGGAAAACCAGGAGGUGCUUAUGCAGGAGAUGAGCAGACCCCCAACACUGCCAGUGGAGGGACUUACGCUACAGACACUUCAAGACGAGAGUUUGCCUGCAAAUUUGUGGCUUGGUGCUUUGUAUGGUAAAGGUGUUAUCAUAAAAUGUUUCCCACCCCUGUUGAAGAACCUUUAUAGCCAAGAAUGGAGGAUCCUGAGCCUUCUGACCCCUUUCCAGCAUGAGAACAUUGUCUGCCUUCUAGCAGCUGGGUCUGGUCCUGAGGAGGUACUGAUGCAUCACCGAAUUUUAGUCUUCCGACAUUAUCCAGAAGGCUCUUUGAGGAGCUACUUGACUGAUCGAACGGCUGAUUGGGACACAGCUUGUCGGAUGUCCAUUUCCUUAGCAAGAGGUUUGGCUUUCCUCCAUAGUGACAAAUGGACUGGGGGCGUAUACAAGCCUGCGAUCGCUCAUCGAGACUUGAGCAGCGAGAACAUCUUGGUGACUGCAGAUUCUUCCUGUGUGAUAACAGACUUUGGUCUAUCUGUGGUUCUGGAGAAAUGUCAAACAAAAAAGAAACCACGGGAUCCAGCAAUAUUAAACAUGACAGGAACCUUACGCUAUAUGUCUCCAGAGAUGCUGGAUGGUUCCCUGAAUCUGAUAUCCUGGGAACAGGCUUUGAUUCAGGCUGAUGUAUAUUCACUUGGCCUCCUGCUGUGGGAAAUAUUCAGUCGCUGUAAUGAUUUGUAUGCAGAUCACCAGUGUCCUGAAUUUCGUGUGGCUUUUUUUGAUGAGAUGGGACCAAACCCGACCUUAGACAAGUUACGAUCACUGGUGGCAGAGAACAAGAGACGGCCACAAGUACCCAGAAACUGGAGUAACAAUCUACAGCAGUUCAAGACAUUGUGGGAGACGUUAGAAGAUUGCUGGGACCCUGACUCUGAGGCUCGCCUGACUGCCCAUUGUGCAGAGCAGAGACUGAGUAACCUUCUCCCUACAGCCUUCGGUUUGUUGCCAGAGAACUUUAUUUGAAGUAGUGGAAACAGGGACGGACUGGGAAUUUAAAGUGGCUCUGGAAAAAAGCUAAAAGUGGCCCCAUGUUGUAGACAGGCCCAGAUUAACAGAAAGUGGGGCCAACGCAAGUAGGUGGGGUCAACUGAAGUAUGUGGGGCCAGCAAUAGAGGGACAGUAUAUUGUGCUACACUUUCAGAUUUGGUUCUGUAGCAGAACCAAAUACCAAAGUGCUGCACAAUAACCGUACUGCCCCAGCAGAACCAAAUGCCACAAUGCAGGACAAUAUACUGCCCCAGCAGAACCAGAUACUUCGGUGCGGCACAAUAUACUGCCCUAGCAGCACCAAAUACCAUCCCAGAAGCUGCUCUCUGUGGUGGCCAGUGCCAUCUGCCACAUUCUGUCCCCCUCCUCCAUCUUCUCCAGUUGUGUCUAAUUGACAUAUGGAGGAGGGGGCUGAGGAGGUGAGACGCGGGCCACAGCACAGAGCCAGUCCUACUGUCAGCAUGCUGUCUGGUCAUACAGGAGAAUACAGCACCACAUACCUCUCACAUCCGGUGACAUCUUCUCUGAUGUAGAUGUUCUCCUUCCUCAUAGUCUUCAUUUGGACUAAAUCGCCAUGAUGACUUCAUUCACUGAUAUCUCCUCUGAUGUAGACAUUUUCUUUCCUCAUCUUCUCCAUUCGACCCAGAUUGCCAUGAUAAAUUCUUUCAAACUUAUCUAAUCUCUACAGAGUUUGCCACACAGACAUCUUAAGAUGGGUUCACAUAACGUUUUGCCCUACGUUUA